GCCCCCGGGCGGGAGCCGGGGCGGCGGCGGCUGCGGCCGAGAGGGACCGCGACGAGGGAAUUGCAUCCAGCGGCCCCGGCGGCGGCAGCGGCGGUGGGGGCCGGGGUCCGCGCGCCCGGGCGGCCAGCCGCGGGCCAGCGCGAUGGAGCCGCAGCACGUGCGCCCCGCGAGUGGCGCCCGCAGCCCGACCUGGGAGGAACCGGAGUCGGAGAGGAUGGCCGGGGCCAGCGGCCAGCACCACCCUCCGGGCGCCGCGGGAGGAGCGGCUGCCGGGGCCGGCACUGUGGUCACCCCCGCCGCUGCUUCGGCGGGGCCGGGAGAAGAUUCAUCUGACAGCGAAGCAGAGCAAGAGGGACCCCAGAAACUGAUCCGCAAAGUGUCCACCUCGGGGCAGAUCCGGACCAAGACCAGUAUAAAAGAGGGACAGCUAUUGAAGCAAACCAGUUCUUUUCAAAGAUGGAAAAAGCGUUACUUCAAACUUCGAGGCCGGACACUUUAUUAUGCAAAGGACUCAAAGUCUCUGAUAUUUGACGAAGUUGACCUCUCAGAUGCCAGUGUAGCUGAAGCAAGCACCAAAAAUGCUAACAACAGCUUCACGAUUAUUACUCCAUUCAGAAGGCUAAUGCUAUGUGCCGAGAACAGAAAGGAGAUGGAGGAUUGGAUCAGUUCACUAAAGUCCGUACAGACCAGAGACUCUUAUGAGGUGGCCCAGUUUAACGUGGAACAUUUCUCAGGGAUGCAUAACUGGUACGCCUGCUCCCAUGCGCGCCCCACCUUCUGUAACGUGUGCAGAGAGAGUCUUUCUGGAGUUACCUCCCAUGGCCUGUCCUGCGAAGUGUGUAAAUUCAAGGCUCACAAAAGAUGUGCAGUGAGGGCAAUUAAUAACUGUAAAUGGACCACCCUGGCCUCCAUUGGAAAGGACAUCAUAGAGGACGAAGAUGGACUCGCUAUGCCUCACCAAUGGCUUGAGGGCAACUUGCCUGUGAGCGCCAAGUGUGCUGUCUGUGACAAAACGUGUGGCAGUGUUCUUCGUCUACAGGAUUGGAAAUGCCUUUGGUGUAAAACAAUGGUACACACUGCCUGCAAAGAGUUUUAUCAUCCUGUAUGUCCACUUGGCCAAUGCAGAGUAUCUAUCAUACCUCCAAUUGCACUAAAUAGCACUGAUUCUGAUGGUUUUUGUAGAGCAACAUUUUCAUUCUGUGUUAGUCCUUUAUUGGUUUUUGUCAAUUCUAAGAGUGGAGAUAAUCAGGGAGUCAAGUUCCUUCGACGUUUUAAACAGUUGCUAAAUCCGGCUCAGGUGUUUGAUUUAAUGAACGGAGGUCCUCAUUUGGGUUUAAGAUUAUUUCAGAAGUUUGACAAUUUCCGGAUUCUUGUUUGCGGAGGAGAUGGAAGUGUAGGUUGGGUUUUGUCAGAAAUCGAUAAGCUCAACUUGAAUAAACAGUGUCAGCUGGGUGUAUUGCCCUUGGGAACGGGCAAUGACCUGGCUCGAGUUCUUGGCUGGGGUGGUUCCUAUGAUGAUGACACUCAACUUCCUCAGAUACUAGAGAAGCUGGAACGAGCCAGUACCAAAAUGUUGGACAGGUGGAGUAUAAUGACGUAUGAACUCAAGUUGCCACCCAAAUCUUCUCUACUUCCUGGACCUCCAGAAGCAUCUGAAGAGUUUUAUAUGACAAUUUAUGAAGACUCAGUUGCAGCUCAUCUUACAAAAAUCCUCAAUUCUGAAGAACAAACGGUGAUCGUAUCCUCUGCCAAGAUACUAUGUGAAACUGUAAAGGACUUCGUUUCCAAAGUAGAGAAGGCAUAUGACAGAACAUUGGAAAAUGCAGUUGUAUCGGAUGCCGUGGCCAGUAAAUGUUCGGUCCUAAAUGAGAAGCUUGAACAACUGCUACAAGUUUUGCACACAGACCCCCAGCCUGAUCCUGUCCUCUGCACUGUCAACCCUGUCAUCCUAGAAGAAGAUGCUGUGGAAUCUUCAAGUGAAGAAUCCCUGUGUGAAAGCAAGGACCAGCUCUCAGAUGACAUUACAAAGCCUUCCUCACAGAGAGCCGUCAAACCGAGGGAAAUAAUGUUGAGGGCAAACAGUUUAAAGAAAGCAGUGAGGCAAGUCAUUGAAGAAGCUGGAAAAGUUAUGGAAGACCAGAUGGUUCAUCCCUGUGAACCAGGUAAUCAAUCAUCUGAGUGCAACAGUACAGAAAUAAGUGAAUCUAAUGACGAUGAUACCAAAGAGUCGAUAACUGUUAAAACUGCACCUCAGUCUCCAGAUGCCAGGGCAUGUCGUGGCCAUUCUCAACCUGAUUCUGUCCCUGGUCCAGCUGUCACAGCCACCAAAGAAAAUCUCCCUGUGCUCAAUACCAGAAUAAUCUGCCCAGGUUUAAGAGCAGGACUAGCUGCCUCAAUUGCUGGGAGUUCCAUUAUCAACAAAAUGUUACUGGCAAAUAUUGAUCCUUUUGGUGCAACGCCAUUUAUUGACCCAGAUAUAGAUUCAUUAGAUGGAUAUUCAGAAAAAUGUGUCAUGAACAAUUACUUUGGGAUUGGAUUAGAUGCGAAAAUUUCAUUAGAAUUUAAUAAUAAGAGAGAGGAGCACCCUGAAAAAUGCAGGAGCCGAACUAAAAACUUGAUGUGGUAUGGAGUCCUUGGGACCAGGGAAUUACUACAGAGAUCCUACAAGAAUUUAGAACAAAGAGUUCAGCUUGAGUGCGAUGGGCAGUAUAUUCCUCUCCCCAGUUUGCAAGGCAUAGCGGUAUUAAACAUCCCUAGCUAUGCCGGAGGCACUAACUUCUGGGGUGGAACCAAAGAGGAUGAUAUAUUUGCUGCACCUUCAUUUGAUGACAAGAUCCUGGAAGUUGUUGCAGUAUUUGAUAGCAUGCAAAUGGCAGUUUCAAGGGUCAUUAAGCUGCAGCAUCAUCGAAUAGCCCAGUGCCGCACGGUAAAAAUCACCAUAUUUGGUGAUGAGGGAGUCCCAGUGCAGGUGGAUGGCGAAGCAUGGGUCCAGCCUCCAGGGAUUAUCAAAAUUGUGCACAAAAACAGAGCUCAGAUGCUAACAAGGGACAGAGCCUUUGAAAGCACUCUAAAAUCUUGGGAAGAUAAACAGAAGUGUGACUCUGGUAAAACAGUUCUUCGAACCCAUUUGUUCAUCCAUCAUGCCGUUGACCUGGCAACAGAAGAGGUGUCACAGAUGCAGCUGUGCUCCCAGGCUGCAGAAGAGCUUAUUACUAGAAUUUGUGAUGCAGCCACAAUUCACUGUCUUCUGGAGCAAGAACUGGCCCAUGCCGUGAAUGCAUGCUCACAUGCACUGAAUAAAGCCAACCCAAGGUACCCGGAGAAUCUUACAAGAGAUACUGCUACUGAAAUAGCCAUCAAUGUGAAGGCGCUGUAUAAUGAAACAGAAUCUUUGCUAGUUGGCAGGGUUCCUUUGCAGUUGGAAUCUCCACAUGAAGAGCGGGUGUCCCGUGCCUUACACUCUGUGGAGGUGGAGUUACAGAAAUUAACAGAGAUCCCCUGGCUUUAUUAUAUCUUACACCCCAAUGAAGAUGAGGAACCUCCUAUGGAUUGCACCAAAAGGAACAACAGAAGCACAGUAUUUCGUAUAGUGCCAAAGUUUAAAAAGGAAAAAGUUCAGAAGCAGAAGACAAGUUCUCAGCCUGUUCAGAAAUGGGGCACUGAGGAAGUUGCUGCUUGGCUGGAUCUGCUCAAUUUGGGAGAGUACAAAGAAAUCUUCAUCCGUCAUGACAUCAGAGGGGCUGAACUUUUGCAUCUGGAAAGGCGAGAUCUUAAGGACCUGGGGAUACCGAAGGUGGGCCAUAUGAAGCGAAUUCUCCAGGGAAUUAAAGAGCUUGGAAGGAACACUCCCCCGGCUGAGGUGUAAUAUUGGUGCUAUUCCUUGGAAGAAAAGUAAUUGCUACUUAAUACAAAGUUCUUGGAAGCAAUUGGCUGUUCUUGUAGUUUUCUGCAUAGAUAAGUAAGCACCACUGAAGCACCUCUAUGGCUUGAUAUUUUGUUUAUAAUGAGACUUUUGAUUUGCGGAAUUAGAAAAUAUUUUUGUGCCAAAAAAUACAUUCCACAAAGCCAUUUUCUUAUUGUGCAAACCUGAUACGUUCAAAUAUGCUCAUAGUAGGAAAAAAGUAGGCGGCAUCCGAGAUGAUUGCAUUGUCUAAAAGGUGGAAUUGCAACUCACUUACUUUCCUUAGAUCUGGUCUGAUAGAAGGUUCUUACUGUGCAACCACAUAACAGUAUGUGGCUAAAACUUCUUGGGUUUCAUUUUUGGAGGCAUUGGCUUCUUCCUUUAAAUCAUUGGUUAGGAGACGAAGAUAUAUAUUAAGUUGUUUUGAAUGUUAGAUUGGUAUCACUGCAGGUUCCCAGCAUUCACUGAUCAAAGAAUAUAGUUAAACCAACCUAUCAAAUACUACGAAUAAUGCAGAUCUUAAUGCACGGUGUUCCUGCCUGAAUUGUCUUUCUUUUUCUUGCAUGUCAUAUUAUAACACUUUAGUAACUUUAAUCUCAGUUUUAGUGGAAUUUGAUUUAUGACUACCCACGUACCUUUUUGUUGGCUAAGGGCACUGCACUUUUCUGUUCUAUAAUGUGGAAUUUUAUAUAAAUAUUCUAUACCUAAGAUUUUGUGAACAUGUGUCUGUGCCAUAAUCAACAAAUGAUAAACAUCUUAUGCAAGCCAAUUUUAUUUCACCUUAUCAUACAUAAACCAUAGGUAUGCACAUUAAGAAAAUCAUUUGGAUAUUUUUAUAAACUUACAUGCUGUUACCUAACAGAACUUAUUACAACUUUCCAAAGCAAAAUUUCCACAUUUUGUUCCUAUUUUUCCAUUUCAUUUUAAUAAUCAUUUAAUAUUUUGUUUGAAUUUAUGACAGACUGUUGACAUCUAGGAAUUCUCCAAGGUCUCAGCUGAGAUUUGUAUACUGAUUGGUCACCCAGACUCACCCACUAGCUACAGUGACUUCUGACAUGAACUUCCCAACAGAAGAAAUUUAAUUUUUUUCUUAAGGGCUUUAUAAUAUUAUUAUUACUAUUAUUAUUAUUAUUUUAUUAUCUCACAUUUCUUAUAACCUAUCAGGUUGAAACUAUUUUCCUUUCUCUAAACCAUUAUACGUUAGAGUUGCUCAUUAGAAGUCAACAUUACAGUUAUCAAAUAUUUGAAAGCCAAAGACAUACAUACAAGAAGUCACAAAAAUAUCUUUAAAUAAACUUUCUUUAGCCAUUAUAUGCCAAGAAAUUAAAUAUAAUAUUUUUAAUGUUCUAUAUAAGAGAAGUAAACAGGGUACUGACCCAGUGGUGACAGUUUUCAUAAAGUAGCCUGGGAGGUGCUCAAUAGAUAUGCAAACACACUAAUGUACAUAUACACAUAUGUGUGUAUAUAUACCUACACACAUAUAUAUAUUAUCUUGAGACAUAGUAUCAUUGAUAUUUUCUAGACAAUCUUUGUCCAACAUUUAAAGAGAAAUAGUGAUAGAGGAGCAUUUGAAGUGAACUAUUGUCAGACAUAUCAUUUACCUUAAAGGAACUGAAUUAUUUGACAGUUUGUUCUUAUUUAUAACUUGGGUAUUUAACUGGUAAAGUCACAAAAGUUGAAUAUCUUAGAAAUAAAAAGGGUGGCUGGGAACAUAAUAACUCUGUGGUAGAGCCCUUGCCUAGCAUGUGUGAGUUUAUGGGUUCAAUCCCCAUCACUGCAAAUAGAUAAAUAAAUACACCCAAUGGGUUCCAUGUCUGACUAUAUAUUUUACCUAAGUUGUGGACAAAUGGAAAUUUUUCAAAGGGAAUUUGUAUCAAGUAGUUUAAAAGGGUAGUAAUUAAAUUUUAAUUUUAUUCACUCCUGUGAAGCCAGAAGUCUUUUCCAGUCCUCUUUGUAGUCCCCACCCUAUAUGAUGUCCUACUCCAUGCACUUCCUCCUUUGAAACUAAAAUAACAGGUGCCAGAUUCCAGAACUCUCCUGAGACCCUAGUCCUGGUCCAGGUCUUAGGAAAGGGUUGGUGGCGGGGGAGAGCUCUAGCAUUAAGAAAGUGUUACUAUAAAAUAUAAAAAUCUUUAUUGAUUCCCCCCACAAAUAAAUACCUCUUUGCCAAUAGAAGAAAUUCACAAGCUAUUACAUGUUCUGAACUCGAGUAUGAUGUAAAGGAUUGAAAUUUUUCUUGUUGAUGAUCUUUUCACUUAGGUAACAUCUUUAAAUUUCUUUAAAAUCUCAGUUAAUGGAGUCCUUAAUUAACUAGAAUUUUCCUUAAUUAACUAGAAUUUCCCUGGAUGAGAGAAAUCCUUUAGAAUGACAAUUUGGAUUUUUUUUUUUUUAUUUUUAUUUUUUUUUUGUUAAAUGAUAGCCGUUCUCCCUGUAAGGUUGGUCAGCUUGUCUACAUGUGUCUAUACAGGACUCACAUGACUUCAUGACACCUGGUGCCAGCAUGGCACCUUCAGAGCCUCCUUAAGCCCCUGUCAACAUCACAGAGAAACCAUCUUCUUAUCCUAGUUGAGGUUUAAAAACCAUCAAGUGGGAAUUGCUUCUCCCUGGCAUGGGGUCACAGCUUGGGGAGUGCAGAUGGCCUCUCUACUUAUACUCAUGCACGUGCUGCAUGAGAAGCUCACCCCUGCACCGAUGGCAGAUGUAGUUGUCACAGCUCCUCCUUGUAUGUAGUCUCUCCCACGCCUGGAUAAUUAGGGCGUAGGUGGGAGAAUCACAGCCCAAAUCUAUUUUCUUUCACUUUUACUUUCCCGAGAAAAAUUGCUUUUCAUGAAGGAAAGGGACAGGGUCAGCCCUAAGUAAAAUUCCAAACUUCUCAGUAUUCCCCAUUCAUUGUCUCUCCAUCUCCCUUUCUCAGUUUCUUUCCUACUUUCUGGCUUUACAUUUCCCCAUGCCUAAUACCGUAAUGGCUGCUCAGAUUCUCACUGCCUUCCACUACCCUUUGCAAGUCAGUUGUCUUACUGCAAAAUGACCUCUUUUAUCUCUCAUCACCGUAGCAGUUUUCUUCUUAAUCCUUAUUCUUAACUCUGGUUCUAGAUUGACCCUACCUACCCAGUGGGUUUAUUUGAGUAGCUAAGGUGGAGCACAGGAGAUUGACUGACCAGCUCAGCCAAACUCUCUCCAGCCCCUCACAGUACUAAGUGCCAGGAGCAAUCCAGAUCUGCUUGGUUUGUUGCCUAUGCAGCAUGUUCAUUUGUUCAUGACAAGUCACAAGGGACAUUUCAGAAGAAUAUGUUCUGAGAUAAGUAAAGACUGGUCAGUCUCCUUCAACUUGUACAUUUUUGUUUUAUCAUUAGGUUACUCUGUUGCCAUAGUUCAUGCUUGAGGACACAUCGCAGCACACACAUUAAAUGAAUCAUUAGGCAGGCAAAAAAAAAAAAUAAUCAAAAUAAUUACAAGUAAACCAAAUGUGUUAUUUAUUCCCUCAAAGUAGGCAUGUCUUACUAGAUUUUGAUCUGUUUUUCUUAUGCCAACUUAUCUUGAUCGUCAUAUGGCUAAUAAUUCCUUAAAAUAUACCUGAAAAUAAUAUAUUCUUGCACCCAAAUGCAAAUUAUUUAAUUCUAAAAUAAAAUUUUUCCCAAUGACUUUUUGGGUAUCCUUCACUUAAUAAUUUUUGCACAUUGAUGAAAUUUAACAAAACAUAACUGCCUAGAGAUUCUUUCUGUGUGUGUGUGUGUGUCUCUGAUCAUUAAUUUUUAAAAAUUUUUUAUUUGUUAUUUUUAGAUAUACAUGAUAGAAUGUAUGCAUAAUAUUUCAAAAUACAUUCUUCUGCCUAGAGAUCCUUUAACUAAUUUUUAUAAAUAAAGAUGGCACUAUUUUAGACUUCAUGGGUUAUUUUUGACAGGAAUCAAAGGAGGACAUAGUCCUUCAAGCUAUGACUUAGACAAUUAUAGGGGUUCUCUCUAUACAUUACUUCUAAAGUAAAUGGUCUACUGUAUUCUGUGGGGCUAGCAGUACAGUGUACUUUCAUACUGUUAUGAUAUGAGUCUUUUAAUUAAACCCUGAGAACAACACAUCUUUCAACUUUGAUGCCAAGGAUCUUUCCCAGCCCCACCAUCCCCAUCUCAAUGAACUAAUUGUACAUUUUUCAGAUGUACGUUGGAUAGACAAUGAAUUGAGAGGUGGAUAAUACAAGUGGCAGUUUUAAAACAUCAGUUCUUCCCAGUACAGAAAGAGGAAAGCAAGAAGUAGAAAUUCCUCCAAUAGGAGCUGUUAGCUACUGGAUUUGCCCUCCCUGGUGGCUCCCACUAUUUGGCUGCCACACUCCUCCUCUCACUGCUCCACCCCAAGUGCCAUGAGGCCUGGGUCUUGUCUGUCUCCAAGGAGACAUCCCCUGACUGACUUUGAUGGGACAGUCUCCAUGUCACAUCAGUAAUAGGAUGCCUCCCUAAGGAAGUAACCAAAACUUUUAAAAGGUGAUAAUUAUUGGCUUCUGCAAAAAGCAAAGCUUUGUUUUUAUUAUCUUUAUUACUGUUUUCUCAUUUUUCUCCAAGUUUCAUUUAGAGACAUUUAUAUCAGAAGAAAAGAAGUACAAAGGUUUAUCAUUAUAGAGAAGAGAGAUUAAAGACAGCUGGACUGUACCUAUUUGUAUAAUUCUGUUAUUUUCAGGAAAAGAAGUUUAACAGUAACUGAGACUGCAUUAACUCAGUAACAAUGUUUAAGAUAAACUCUGUAUUACAGGAUGUAAGUGGACAGUUCCCUUUAUGUAACUAAGAUAUUCUAUUUACAUUAUUUAUAUACUCUCUCCUAAUUUUUUAUGUAUUUCCAAGUUUUAGUUGGAAAAAUAAAAACCAAACCACUACUUAAAAGUUUUUAAAGCUACACAUAAAAUAUUUCAUUUUAGCUACAAGUUAUUCACUGUAUAGGAAUUUAUAGUCUGAGUAUUUCAUAGUAACUGCAUUUCAAGAGUAAAUUAGCCAAACCUAACUGAACAGAGAGUUACUUUUAAAAUGCAUUAAAAUAAAGGGGUUUCAUACUCAGUUAAUAAUGCUAAUAAAGUAGGAUAAUGCAGUUAGAUAUACAAGCUAAAAAGGAAAAAGAAUAUAUCUUGGGGCCCUUAAUGUUUGAUUGCACUAUUGUUUCACACAACUUAGCCAUAUCUAUUUCUGUACUCUAAGUAUUAAACUAAUAUGUAGCUAAAGAUUGCUUACAGUUCUGGUAACUGGUAACUAGUGCUGUGAAAGGUUUUGGUAUUGUAACAUUCCCAGUUUUGUGAGUUAUAUAUUGUAUAUUGAAGAUGACUAGUUAAUUGGAGUAAUAUAUUUAUCUAGAGCUGGGAAAAUAUGGUAAUUAUUUUCAAAUCUUCAAUAAGUUGUAUUGAACUUUUUCUUUCUCUUAUGCAAGAUAAAAGUCUUACUUUUUUGUUAACAUGUCUAUUUAUACAACAGGUUCCUCCUUUUACUGGUGUUAUUUUCAUAUUAAAAUGUUUCUUAUCUUUUAUACCAAAAUAAUUAUUGUGCUGGUUAUUCAAACUGCCAAGGUGUAUUUUAGUUUGCAGGACUUUUGGCAGUCAAAAUAUUUAAUAACAAACAAAAAUAAAAGUUCUGUAUAUUUUGUGACUUUAGGGGCAAGAAUUUUACUUUUGAAUUUCUGUAUGUGAGACAGUGCUGACGACAACACUGUCAGUCAUAGGCAGUAUUAUAACCAUUGAAAGACGGUUUUCACAAGUUGUAUAAAUCAGUGCAUUUAUUUAUUAUGUUGUGAAAUGUAAUCUAUAUACAAAAUGCAUAUUCUAGCUCUUUUCCUUUUUACUGCUGUUGCCUAAAGUGGAAUCGCUCUGUUAAUGAUUUACUUAUAUACUUGAAGUACUCGUUUCUGUCAAACAGAUGCCCAAUUUUUUUCUUGUAAAAAUUGAUAUUCUUCACCAUCACAGAUAAUUGAAUGGUCAAGACUUUGUUAAAAAAUGAUUUUUGCAUCUAAAAUAAAUAUUAAAAAGGCAUAAAGCCAAAGAAAAUGACCAAUGUUAAGAAUUUAAUAGAGUCAAGGGAUUCAUUAUGCUAUAGUUUACCAAUAUAUAACAUGUCUUCAAUGUCUAACUUUUUUCCUGUGGCGAAUUUUCAGUAUUUGCUAUAAAAGAUUCUAUUGCCAGUACAUUUAAAUGAACAUUGAGAAUCUUGAAUUCCCCAAAGUAUCAUAUACCUCUAGCAGUCAGGACUUUGUUCGUAGGUAUAUAUUUUUAACAUGUUCGCAUUUGACUAUGAGCUAUUUUAUAAAUAGUAACCACACUGGAUAAUGGUUGCUUUUGUCAAAUAAGUAAAUGAAGUUUUAAUUGAGUUUUGAAUCAUUUCUACUUAGAUUAAAUUUUUUAAAAAUCCAAAAUUUAAAACAUAAUAGCACAACUUAACCACACAGAAUAAAAUCACUUGUUUUUAAGGAAGGAAUAAAAAAAAAAAAUGUGAAGUGGUGUGGUAUGCUAAAGAAAUCACUUGAAAUAACCCCUAAAUUCUACUGUUUUUUUCUGUUUUACAGUGAGCACAAUAGAUGAAUUUUGAGAUAUUUAAGAAUUUGUAUUAGAAGACUAAGGAACUAGUUUAUUAUCAUUUUUAAAGACAGGGUUUUAUAUUAAUUUUGCUGUUGCACAGGAAAAUAAAAAUGUGUGAGAAACAUUAUAUAGAAAUUAUGGGAGAAAGGAAAUUUUGAUAAUAUGACAAAGAUUUGGGAAUAGUUUGAAUAUAGAUAUUUUUUACCUUAUAGAAACACAAAGCACAUUUGAGGUAUGUGGUAUGGUGGGCAUAAUACCACUAAACAAAAAGUGGCAUAUUGAAGAUGUCUGAGACUGUAUCUGGAUCUUAUAAAAAUAGGUAUUGAAUUCAGGGAGCCCAUUUUAUUGUUGAAGUUUAGAAUUCAGUUAAGGAAGUAGUUAGGAUGACUAACUGUUCAAGACAUUUGAUAUAGUCCACACAAGUGUUUAUUACAUGGGGCAGAUGUCUGUGCUUUUUCAACUUAGUGAGAGACUCAGAGAAAUUAGUCCAAGGGGCUUAGCUGUUUCCUAAUAAAAGAACACCGAGUAAAUGUGAAUCAGACCUACACCCUGCAGACCAAAGAGAUUUUCAUGAGAUUGUUAAGCCUUGAAAUUUGUUAGCAAUGAUGGUUUUUCCUUUCACUUAAAAGAGUAAAAAAUUAUUAAAAUUUAUAAUUUUUGUAGAGAUCUAAAUUCUGUAAUUAUAGAGAUAAGAAUAUUGUUUGAGUUUCCCUGAUUCCAUAACUGACUUCAGCACUGGGUCAUCAUGACCUUUUCUAUAAGCUAUAUGUUUUGGUGCCUAUGUUUUCCCAAUCAGAAAUGCUGCAUGAUAUUGCCAAUUAUAAGUACUUGGUGAUUUUUCUGCUAUAGAAAGAACUAUGUAAAGUGUGAAUCAUACUUAAAUUUGUCAUUUCUUUUCCACUGUCAUUUAUAUUUAAAGAGAGGCAUAAACAUGAAAAUUAAAAGUCAAAAUGGAUACCCCUUGAUGUGUCAUUUAAAUAUGAAAGCAAAAGGCUGGGCACGUAUCUCAGUAGUAGAGCACUUCCCUGGCAUGCUUGGUCCCUGGAUUCCAUCCCCAGUAUUGCAAAAAAUAAAAAUGAAAUGAAGUUAAAUUAGUACUAUCUGUGGGUUUUAGCCAUUUUCAUCUGUAUACUACAGGGUCAUAUUCAUUUUAGGAUAGGCUAACAACUCCUAAAAUCUUCAAAAAGUUUAGGUAAUUUCAUUUUUUUCUCUACAUUCUACCCAAACAAUUAAUGUCUUCAUAGUUUUAAUCCACCAAGGAGAAAAAUAUCUUUAAACUAGUUUUAAAAAAAUGGAAUAUGAUUCUUACCUAGUUUUUUCCCAGUGAUGUCACUUCCUGAAGGGUAAGCCCAUUCUGAAGAGUGCCUUUGAUCUAGAGCAUAGGUCACUGAGUACAUUCUCAGACCAUGGAAUAGUAUUUUGUCAUGCAGCACAUCUCUAAAACUUCCCAUAGAGAAACUAAACCAGAGAUUGUCCUAAUUGUUGCCAUAAUUGAAAUCUGGGCAUAAUUAAGGUAAACAAAUUAGAAAUUCAAAUAACCUGGCUAAAGUCAUUAAAUUAGUUAUAUAUAAGUGAAUCCUGACUUUAUUUUUGCAUGACAUUUGAAUUCAUUCACCAUCUGAUUCUUGACCUGAAGCUUUCUUUGCUAAAUCUGGCAUUUAUUAUAGCACAGUAUGGCAACUUGGAGCUCCUGUAGCAUUCCCAUCCCCUAGAAAUGUGGAAUUUUAAGAGAAUAUAAAUUGUAUGACAUAAAGGAAAAGACUGAAUUGAAAUUCAUAAGCGUGGUAUUUUGAUCUUGUCCUAAUGACACAACUUAAUUUUCAUGACGACUGAUCUCUAAAUGAUUAUUCCAGAACAAUUUGGUGACUGGAAGAAAUUAUUUCCUUGGAAUUUGCUUUCUUUCAAUGACCUGGUACACGGAUGACCUUAGUAUAAUUGAAAUUAAUUCUAAUUCAUUUUAAUUAGAACCUGCCCUGUUUGCAGAUUUCAACUGUAUAGAGGUGUUUUAAUAGAAAUAAUGAUGAGCAUGGAAGCUGUGAACUUGAAUAGUUCUUUUGUUUCCUUUCUUCCUUUUACUUGAAAAGCAUUUGAAAGAUAACAAGUUUUUAUGGCAACAUUUUGUAGGUUAUGUUCUUCUGCCAAGAAACUCAUAAACUAAAAUAUGGAACAAAACAAAUGCAUAAUCCUAAUCUUAGUUUUGGAUUGUGUAAGUAAAAGCAUUUUAUAUAUCAUAUUUUUUCAUUAUUUUGGCAAUUGCAUAUUUCAUUUUGACCAUUUCAAAAGUUGAAUUGACAUUUCAUUCCAUUUCUAAUUCAUUAAAAAAGUAAAAAUGAUCAGUUGCAGUAAAGUGAUAAUUCUGUUGCCUUGGUUCAGGCCCUCAUCAAUACAAACCUUCACCGUUUUUCUUUUUUUUUUUUUUUUUGUGGUGCUGGGGAUUUGAACCCAGGGCCUUGUGCUUGUAAGGCAAGCACUCUACCAACUGAGCUAUAUCCCCAGCUUCACCGUUUUUCUUUCCUGUGCUUUUGCCAUAAUUUUUCAACAACCAGUUUUCCUAAUUUUAUUCUCUCCCACCAGAGUAGAAGACACAAAUUUGCUUUGUCAUCUCAUUCCUAAAAGUUCUUAAGUACCCUUUUCUUUAUAACAUAUCAACCUAAUUCUUUAGCAAGAUGAAUAAGAUACUCUGUGACUUUGCUUCUCUCCACCUUUUUAGAUCCUCCACCAUCAUCCCUCUAUUGAUCUUUCAUAUUCCAGGAAUUUGGAAAUAUUCACAAUUUAGUGCUUUGGCAUAAUCCCAUGCCUUAGAUGAGCUCAUUCAAGAUUCAGUUCAUAUCUUUCUGUGUAGUCUUACCUGAUGGCUCCAGGCAGGUAUUUCAUCCAUACCCAAUAGUAUUUUGAAAAUUUUUAUGUUAAACAAACAUCAUAUUCCAGUUAGACACACACACACUCCUGCCUCUCCCCCUGAAUUUUUCUGUCUUAGUAGUUGCAGUGUCUAGCAAGCACAUAAUUGGACUUUGAUAAAUGUUUUCAGAUGAAGGAAAUUUGAAACCCAAAUGUUUCUAUAUGUUUGUACUUUCACAAAUAAAACAUUAGAACUCCCCAAAAAUCCACAAGGUGAAUACAUUCAUGAGUGUACAUGCACUCUGGACAAACCAAAAGGAGAUGAUGAGGCAAAAGUGGUUUUUUUAUGAAGGGUAACCACUUGUUGACAGUACAUCAGAAAGACCUACCAAAUCUGAAUAUUCAUUUCUGAAAAUAAGGCUGUGGUUUAUCACAUAACUGCCAAAUUCUUAUUUGUAACUCAUAAAUAUGUCAUAAAGAUUAUCUUUCUCUUGUACAGACAUUAGGCAUAUACAAUUUUCAUAAACACAUUGAUCACCUACAUACACUAGAGACUUGAGAAGGAAUAAGAAAAACAAUGAAGAUGAAAUGUUUAAAUAUACCUAACCAGGGAGAUUCAUGUGAUUUCAGAUGUUAAUGGCAUCUGUAAUGUAAAUGUAUGGUAGGUUUGUGACUAUUAUCACCCCUGGUAGAAUCUAAAGACUAAAACCAUUACAUAUGGACCUGUUUUUCUUUUGUGAUUACUAUAAAACUUUUCUACCACAUUCCCAAAUAAUGAUGAGUUAACACAGAAAAUGCUUUAAGUUGAUAAUUUCUAAAAUAAAAUACUAGUCAAAAUUUUAAUUAAAUGAAAUGUUCUCUUCCUUCACUCACUUGAUAGACAUUUUUCUGCCUGCUCUAUACUUGGCACUCAUUUAGAUACUAAGGAUGCAAAUAAAAUGAGACAUGGCUUCUAUCCAAGAGUUCAAGUUUGUUCUCACAAUUAUUUUUCUAGAGUCUGUUAAAGAUAUUCAGAGGACAUUCUUUUUUAAACCAAAUGUUUCCCAGGUUAUUUCAGAGAAGUGUUCUUCAAUGCCCCCCCCAAAAGAAAACUUGACCAAAUCUUGCAUAAUAAAGAAGUAAUCCCAUUUUUAUGCCCAUGAUUUUUGUAUUUUCAUAUCAGCCACAAAUAAUUUUGACCAUCCUAUGUAUGUUUUUCAUCAGUUCUGUAGAACUGAGGUGCUAAGUGUGAUCCAAGCAACUGGAAAAUUUGUAGAACAUGAGUUGAAUUUCAGGUUCAUUUUAGGAAGGCAUGUAUUAGUGACAUGCACACCAAAAUAUCUAAGAGGCCUAUGUUGUAAAACCUCAGGAGAAGAAAAGUAAUGCUUUUCCUUGGACAUUAAAGGAUCCAUUUGAAGUUGUGGAUUAAAGUUUUCACCUCAGUUGUUAGUGGGGAGUAGAGAAAAAUAAUAUUUAACAGGUAGCAUACUUAGCAUAUAGUAAGUGUACUAUUAGUAUGUGUGUGCCACAAAAGCUCCGAUAGAGAUAAAACAAAACGAAAAUAUUUGAGUUAUAAGAUUUAAUAUCUUUGAAUACUUAUUGAGGGUUAGGCUAUAGGAAUCCUUUAAGAGAAGAAAGAAAUUGUAUUUUUGCUGUCAGGAAGUAUGGAAAUUACUUGUAUGUAUACUCACAUUUUCAUAGGCAUUGUUUAAGUCACUAUUUCCAAUCUAUAUAAAAUACCAACAAUUUUUAUGUUCCCUAGCCAAAGAAAAUUCUUAAUUCAAUAACUUCACUCUUCGGUUUUAUAAAACAUUUAUUUAAAAAAAAAAAAGAGGCUCAGAAGGCUGGACACUUUGCCCUUCUAUUCAGCACAUUCGUUUCAC